UUGAGUUAUAUUUUAUUACUAGAAAAUAAGAAAAUAAUGAAUUCUGUGCACAUUAAAUUAAUAUUUUCGUGAAUAAUGUACAUUUUAUACAAUUUUAAUCUAGAUAUAAGUGAUGCAAUCGUAUACCACUAGUUGAAGCCACAUAGCGAUGUUUAGUAUAAAAACUAACUGAGUUUCGACGAUGGCGUCUGACGGAGAAAUUUCCUGUACGAAUGAUCCCAAUUUCGCCGUUAUCUAUUCAUUUCUGAAGGUUUUCGGGAAAUUGUACGGGCUAGAAAUACCGUCAAUAGCAAAAUUACAGCAGCUCGUAGAGAAUACGGAGGAAGUUCCGGAGCCGCUGAAGGAGCUGCACCUGCGGCUGCUGCGGCGCGCGCAGAAGUCCGUGCAGAGCAACCGCUGGGAGCGGUGCCUCAUCAAGUUCUGCCACCAGCAGGGCCACCACCAGGAGGCGUGGGAGAUCGAGCGCUUCUCCUACAAGAAAGCCAGCACAGAGGUCAAACUAAAGACCCUCAAGAUACUACUUGAGUACCAGUUCACAUGUCACUCCAAGUUCAAGGCGGCGGUCAACGCGCUGUCAUGCAAGGAGCUGCGGCUGGACCCAAUCGGGCGAGACAAGCAGGGUUGCGUGUACUGGCUCCAGGUGGACGAUGAGGCUAACCUCUGUCUGUAUCGGGAGGACCAGGAUGAGGAGACUUGGCAGUUAAUAGCGAGAAAUCGCGAAGAGCUAGUGAAAGUAAUAGGACAAUUGAAGAAGGGAGAAGAAAUUUGUCCCUCAACUGUGUCAAACACUAACGAGGAUUCCAACAGUACUGAAAUACCUGCGAGUGAGGCAGCUGAGAAAACCAACACACAACCAGAAGAAGAAAACGAGGAAUUCCUAAGCCCAGAGUCUGAGUCGGAACAUGAUGAUGAUGAAUCUAAAGCUGAUAAGAAACCCCCUCCCACAAAAGCAAAUAGUGAUAACAAGGAAGAAACAGUAGAUAACAAACCAGUGGAAGAAAGUGAAAAAACUGAAGAUUCGAAAACAGAAGAACAAAUAGUAGAAGAUGUGAAGGUAAAAGAACCUCCUAUAGAAGAUAAAAAUAUUGAAGAGCAAACAAAGGAAGCAGAUGAAGUGGGUGAGGCAAUAGAAGAACCAGUCAUGGUUGUAACAGGGGAAGGCAGCGGGGCCGAUUGUGAGAGCUACUUUAUAGGGGAAGAAAUAUCUGAACCUGUCAUGUAUUUUUAUGGAGAAGGUUGUGGAUAUGAUAAUGAUACCGGAAACCCUGAAGUAUUAGAAGAAGCCAAUACAGCUCAGCAUAACUCGGAUGAGGAGAACGGCAAUGAGGAAUGUGUUAACGGUGAACAUUCUAACUCUAAUGAUAUCUCUAACUCUAGUAAAAGUAAAUUAGUUAAAAGUGUUAAGUUAAAAAGUGGACAGCCUACUGUCAAUAAGCGAUCAUUAAAGAAGCAAUCUAAUGACAACUCUGAGGUAUUGAAACCGGAUUCUAAGAAACAUUGUAUAAGAAAACCUAAUAGGUCAGACAGUUUUAAAUCAAAUUCAAGUAAUAAUGACAAUGACUUGAAAAGGGAAAGCAGCGUCAAUGACAAAACCACAGAUAGCGAGACUCCGAACAAAAAUAAUGUGAAGAAAACUAGAGGUAAGGUAAAGAAGAAACCUGAAGUAGCGAGGAAAUUAAAAUUAAAUCAGAAGAAGGAGUCUCCUGCUUCAGAUGCUGACAAUUGUAAUGAUAGUAAAGCCAGUAUUAUAGAGAAGAGGAAAAGCAGUGUGUCGUCAGAUCAAGAUGGAGUCGAUCAUCCGGAGCAGGUAAAGGAAGGAAGCCCGGAUCACGAGGCCAAGCCUGACGACGAUCUACCUCCUAAAAAGUUACGCUUAGAACCUAGUAAGGACAUUGAAGUAUCACAUUCCAAAGAUACUCUAGACAGUGUAAAUAAGGAUGAAGCUAAGAGCGAAAAUAAUGAAAACAACGACAAUCUUAAAGAGCCCGUAGAAAAAGAUCCUAUAGCUAUGAGGAAGAAAAUCAAAGCUAACAAAGGGAAAUUUAAGAGAAAAAAGAUAUUACAGAAUAAGGUUAAUAAUAGUGAUGUAGAAAAGAGUAAUAGUAAAGAGAAGAGUAAGUCUAAGCCUUUGAAGAGGUCGCUAUUGGACGCGACAAAUAGUGACAGGAACAAAUCUGAAUCUCAGAGUGAAAGUGAGGAUGAUAUGCCCAUCACUGGCGGCAAGAGAUUGAAAAUUAAACCUAAGAAAAUUAUUACUUCUUCAAGAAAAAAGGUUGAAGCCAAGCUGCUUGAGAAAAAGUCUAGUGACGAUUCAGAAGAAGAAACACUCUACAGUAUAGCAGGCAAAAAGACUGGCAAGAAAGUGCUAAAAAAGAAGCCCAAAGGCAAAGAAAAGCCUAAAGUAAAGGAGGCUGCAGACGACUCGGAUCCGACGCCCGUCCGGCAGUCGCGCCGGAUCGCGCAGCAGAAGAUUAAAGAGGAAGCGGACAGGAGGCAUCAGGAGGAGGUCGCGCUAAGGGAGUUGAAGAUGAUUCAUAAGAAGAAGGGUAAAGAUGACGAGGAAGAAUGGCGUGCGUCGGGCAGUAGCUCCGGUUCGCCGGUCCGGCGCCGGCCGGCGGCCGGAUGGCGCGCGCAGGACUCCAGCGAUCCGGACUCGGAGUCCGAGCGAGACGAGCUGUCAGACCGCCCGGAGCCUGACCUCGAAUUCGGCAAGUCAGACCAUGAGUUCUCUCCAGAGUCCGACCUUGAGACUGGGGAGCCGAGCGAACCCCUGAAGAGGGCCAGAACAUUGCAAGAAGGAGCAGAUGACGGAUUCUGCAAGCAUUGUGGGAGCGGGGAACAGCCGGAGUGGAUACUGUUGUGUGACCAGUGCGACGCCGGGUACCACGCGUCGUGUCUCAAGCCUAUGCUGUUUCUGGUACCGGAGGGGGAUUGGUUCUGUCCGCCGUGCAAUCAUGCAAUGCUAAUAUCGUCCCUAGAGAGCGAGCUAGCGAAGUACGACGAACUGGUAGAAAGCGUCGAAGCAGAACGGGCACGGAUCAAAGAACAGGAGCUGCUGAAGAAACCGCCUUCCGUCAAGAGUGAGGAGAAAGAAGAAGAGUCUGACAGCGGAAGCGGGAGCGAUUAUUCAUCAUCAUCGUCGACGGGAGCCGUGUACAGGCUCCGAGCGCGUAGACAACUGCCCGUCAGCUACCGCGCUCAGGAGUACGAUCGCCUCAUCAGCUCCGCUAUCAAGGAGGAAUACGUGGAGCCCACAACGAGUGCGGGCAACCAGGGACGAGGCAAGGACAUCUCCACCAUCAUAGAGGCUGCUGAGGAGGAGAAACUCAAGCAAGAGCGAGAAGAGGCUAUCGCUUUGGGUAAACCAAUAACAGAGAUCCGUAAGAAGAAGAAGCAGCGACGGAAACAGCGCAAACUCAACUCCUUGGAGGUCGUGUCCGAGGACGACGACGAAACCGAUGAGGAUUUCAAGGACACUGGUAUGGAGUCAUCAUCGGAAGACAUGUCUUCAUCAGCUGACCGCGACAGUUCCGAUUCUCGCUCGUCAGAUUCUUUACCCAUCCGACGCGCGCAACGCACUGAUAAGAAAGAUCGUCCAAAACUCCGGGAAUCCUCACCGGAAGUGAAGAAGAAGAAGGGAGAAUUCGCCGGCAGCUCCAGCGAAUCUAGCGGUGCUAAAGAAUGGCCGCCUAAGAAUAAAUCAAAAUCCAAAUCGCGCAGACGUGAAAAACGCGAGAAGCGCGAUAAGUCCCGUCCGUCAAAGCCUAAGAAACCGCGAGGCCUACAACAGUACGACGCCGACGGGAACGUGAUCCGGCCUCGAGUCACCUAUGGAGGCCUUAGCGACUCGCCUAACGACUGGUCGCCCAAACACAGGACCCGGCAGAAGAAAAUAGAUUAUACGGAGAUGCCUAACACGGAAUCUGAAGACGAAAUGCACAAAGGCAGCGGCAAGCACAUUGACAGCUCGGACGAGUUCAAGGUCACCACGUCGGACGCCAGCUCCGACUCCGACCGCCCCGACCCCAACCAGAAGACCUUAAGCGACCUCAUCAAGACUGCAGUAGUGCCCCUUGAGAAACUACCCGAUGAUGUGACGAAGGCCAAGGAAGAGGAGCUGCAAGCGCAUCUUAGUAAGUUAUACGCUCAAGCGGCCAUCACAGAGACGCCGAGGCCGCUGCGAGGCAAGGGCAGUCGCGGCGGGCGAGGAAGCAGGGGCCCGCGCGGCGCGCGCGCCGGCCGCGGAAGCGGGGGGAGCGCGGGGGGCGCGGGCACGCCCGCGGACGACGCGCUGGCCAAGCUCGUGGGCGUCAAGAUCAAAGACCUAGGUCAAGAACCGAUCAAACCCAAUCAGCUCGAAAGAGAAAAGAAACGUCAAGAACGCGAAGCCAAACUAGCAGAGAAAGAAGCCAAGCGCAUGGAAAGGAUACAAAAGAAAGAAGAGAAGGAGAAACUAAAAGAACUGAAGGCGAAAGAGCGAGAGGAGAAGAAACUAGCCAAAAUAGCGCUACAGGAGAGCAAGCGGAUGAAAAAGGAGAAGCCAGAAUACCCAAUAUCCGGUCCGGUGGGCUACAAUGUUCGGCCGGACAUGCGCAUGAUGUACCCGGGCAUGAAGCAUCCGGACUAUCCGGGACCGGGUCCGGGACCCGGCCCAGACCAACCGCAGAGGUUCCCUGCACAACCGAGGUUACAGGUACGAGCGGAGCUGCGCGGCGUGCCGGUGGCGGGCCCGCUGGCCGCCGACAACCUCCGGGAAGGCACACUAUCCGUGGCGGGGUCCCCGCAGCCGUUCAAGCCGGUGAGCGAGGAGCCCAGCGUCAUCACGCGCAUGCCGCAUAUGCUCAACCAAUACAGGGGCCCGAUGAUGUACCCGGGCGCCGGGCCGGGCCCGACAGCGGGCGGGCCGGGCGCGGGCGCGGGCGCGGGCGCGGGGUACGCGGCGCGGCCCGGCGUCAUGUACGUGCCGCACCCCGGCCUGCCGCGCCAGUACCCGCCGCACUACUACCGCCUGCCCUACCGCCUCGACCACGCCCACCACGCCAACACCCACCCGCCCGCGCACCUCGCCCGUCUGCUGCCCGCCUCGCCUUACGGGCCGCACGGGCCCGGCGGCUCUACCCACGGACCGUCGGGCUCGUCCCAUGGACCCCACGCCCAUCCGGGCUCAUCUCAGGGCCCGCCUAGGAAUUCUCACGGACCCCCCGGACCCGCUCACGGCCCGCCCGGUACGCCGCACGGGCCCCCUGGACCUCACGGGCCCCCGGGCUCGUCUCACGGACCUCCCGGCCCUCCCCACGGGCCUCCCGGAUCUCCUCACGGGCCACCCGGACCUCCCCACGGUCCUCCGGGGCCUCACGGACCUCUGGGGCCGCACGGUCCGCCCGGAUCCGCCCACCGACCGCCGGGGCCCCACGGCCGCCUAACUCGUCUCGGGCCCCCCCACGGACCACCGAAUUCCACACACGGACCUCCGGGCGCGCCCGGCCCGCCAGGCUCGACGUACGGUCCGCUCGGGCCGCGCGGCCCGCACGGGCCCCCCGGACCGCAUCCCCCCGGCUCCCCACACGGGCCGGGCCCCCACCCUCCUGCCCUCCACGGGCUCCUGCGCGCCGGCCCGCCCGUACAGUUGCAGGGGCUGCAGGGUCCUCGCGGCCCGUGCCGGCCCGCCGCGCAGCUGGCCGGCACGCCGUCGCCCGGCUCCGCGUCGCCCGCCUCGCUGCCGCCCGCGCCCGGCGACCGCUCCACGCCGCCGCCCAGGGAGCCCCCCGUCAGGAUCAAGGCCGAGGUGAAGACCGAGCCCGAGUACCACUCGCCGGUGCAGUCCCCGCCGCGCGCCUCCCCGGAGCCGCCGCGCCACCCCAAGAUCAAAGUGACCGACAACAAGGAGCGGCGGCCGCGCUACCCGCUCGGCCCGUACGCGCCGCAGUACGGCCCCUACGGCCCGUACGCGCCGCCGGCGGAGCAGCCGCUGCUGCUGCGCGGCCCGUCGCCGCUGCAGCGCAUGCACCAGAACCUGCACCGGUUCCUGCCGCCGGAGAGGCCGGAGCCGGCGCGCUCGCCGCGGGCCGAGCCGCACUACCUGCCGGCGCUGCGGCCGGGCGCGCCGCCCUACGGCCUCCCGCUGAUGCGCGCGCCCUACUACCCGGCGCCGGACAUGAAGCGAGAGAAGCCUCCGCCGACGCCGCCGCCGGAUAAGCGGCCUUCCCCUCCGGCGGUGGGCGCGCCGGAGCCGGUGUCGGCGCCCGUGCCGGUGCCGGUGCCGGUGCCCGUGUCGCUGGGCGCGCCGGCCGCGGAGCCGGAGCCGCUGCCGGUGGCGCCCCCCUCGGCCCCGCUGGAGCCUCGGGGACCCGAGCCCCCGAAGGGCCCCGAGUUCGUGAAGACGGAGCCGGCCGAGCCGCCGGGCGGCGUGUUCGGGGGCCUCGUCAGCUACUUCUCGAGCCAACGCGAGGACGAGCUCGACGCGUAGCGACCUGUACAUACUCUAUAGUGAUAUAUUUAUAUAUCGAUUCGAUAUUACGUUUGCGUAAUUAGCGGAUUAAGUUGAGGACUUUUUGGUCUCGAAUAAAAUGUAUUAUUUCCGGUUAUGUUUAAGUGAGAUUUAUUUAUACAGAGUCGAUAAGUACUUACGUGUAUCUCUAAAUACGAAUUUUAUUAAAAAAUCAAAUCGAUUAUUUCUUUUUGCAAAAUAAAUGUUUUCUCCUAUAA